AUGUGCACAAUAAAAACGACAAUCGAUUCAAAAGUUUUCAUUGUUGACACGUUGGAGAUAAACGCAGAAGUGAUAAUGAUGAUGAAUCACGAUAACGAUGACGACACAACAGUGGGUAACUUUUGCUUUAGGGAAGACACAGCAAAAAUCUUGACAACAACCACUCUUCCUUCGUCAACGACGGCAACAACAAUAACAACGUAUGACGAUGACAGCAGGAAUAAGGAGGAUAACGACAAAGGGGAUGAUGAAAAGUAA